UGAGGACUGGUCAAAGGAAGUUUGCCUGCUCGUACUGAAGGAAACUUUUCCCCUUUAGCGCCAGCACCGUGAACUGGGAACACUGGGAAAUCCUCCAGAAAAGCGCCGCUGGGGGGGGGGAACGUAUCCAGCAGCCAACAUAAAAGGGACCCCGUUGUUUUUUUGUUUUUAUUUUUUUUAACCCUCUGGGAUCUUAAUAAAUAACCGGGAAUACAGGAGGAGUUCGAAAGGAGGAAUCGCGAAGGAAUUUCACUCCCGUUGUUCAAUUUCCCCCCUUUUCCUCUUCCUUCUCCUCCGGAUUCCCCUUUCGACUAAGUGAUGGGGAAGGAGCAGGAACUCCUCGAGGCGGCUCGCACUGGAAACCUGGUCGCCGUGGAGAAGCUUUUAUCCGGGAAACGACAGUCGGCGGGAGCCGGCGGCGGAUCAUCGGGAACCGGGGGAAGUGGCAACAGCAGCGGCCACGGCGCCUCCUCGCACCCGCUCUCCAGUCUGCUCAGUAUCUGGAGAGGUCCCAAUGUGAAUUGUGUGGACAGCACUGGUUACACCCCUCUCCACCACGCUGCCCUGAAUGGACACAGUGAGGUGGUAGAGGCGCUGCUGCGUAACGAGGCCUUGACCAACAUCGCCGACAACAAGGGCUGCUACCCCCUCCAUCUGGCCGCGUGGAAGGGAGACCAAUGCAUUGUCAGGCUGCUUAUUCACCAAGGACCCUCACACCCCAAACUCAACGAACAGAGCUCUGUAGACCAUAAAGAGUUCAAACGCUGUGGGCCCUUUGACCCCUAUAUUAAUGCCAAGAACAAUGACAAUGAGACGCCGCUGCACUGUGCCGCCCAGUACGGCCACUCCGAGGUGGUCCGGCUGCUUCUGGAGGAGCUGACUGACCCCACCAUGCGGAACAACAAGUUUGAGACGCCGCUAGACCUGGCCGCCCUCUACGGCCGCCUGGAGGUCGUCAAGCUGCUGCUGAGCGCCCACCCGAACCUGCUGAGCUGUAACACCAAGAAACACACACCGCUGCACCUGGCCUCACGCAACGGACACCUGUCUGUGGUGGAGGUGCUGCUGGAUGCUGGCAUGGACAUCAAUUAUGAGACGGAGAAGGGCAGUGCCCUCCACGAAGCGGCUCUGUUUGGGAAGACGGAUGUGGUGCAGAAACUUCUCAGUGCAGGUGUCGAUGUAAACAUGGUUGACUAUAAGGGCCUGACAGCGCUGGACACUGUCAGAGAUAUGCCCUCCCAAAAGAGCAGGCAGAUAGCUGCUCUCAUUCAAGCUCACAUGGCUGGAAAACCCCCUGACAUCGACCUUCCCCCUCCACCGAUCCCACCACCACAGGAGAGUCCUAGCCCACGGAAAAAAGUUGACAUGGAGAAGGUGAGCGAGCUGAUCUCUGGGCUGGCCCCAGGGCCUGAGGAGGAGAGCCCAUAUGAGGCUCUGUUUGAAGCCACCUCCUGCCACUCUCUGGACAGCCUGGCCAGCGGCAAGUCCUCUGACCGGGACUCUGGACGACCAGAUAGUGAAGCUGGCAAGAAAGAUCGCCUGGGCCACGCUUCACACACUGGACCUGGUCUUGAAGAAGAGAUGAGCUCAGAGGCUCUAUACACUAAUAGCAGUAUUGAGGAGCGAGGGGAGCCGGGGGAGGAGGAGGAGGACCACACGUAUGAGUUGCUGCUGUCUGCACAGACGAAAGUUCCACCGCCUGGCCAGAACACAAAGUCCCACAAAGAUGAGAAGACCGCAGCCCAGUCUUCCAACAGUGUCCUACCUCAGCGUAAACCCACCAUCCCCAAUGACCUCAGGCGCUCGGGCAAGAUGAAAGACACUCUCCAGACUCCUGGACCUGGAAGGGUGGGCCCCCGGCCUCAUGGAGACAAGUCGCAUCUCAGCCAGGACCAGGGAGCAGGUGUACCGGAGCAGUUCACCGGCCUUCUUCACGGGUCCUCCCCUGUUUUUGACUGCCGUGAGGAACCCUUCAGACUACCAGGUGCGCUGCCAGCUGGUCAAAGCCACCUAGAGACGAAAACACCUACCAAAGCGAAAGAGCCUACGGCAGUGGUGGCAGCGGCGGCAGCAGCACCACUACCUCCCCAUUCGAAGAUGGCUGCCAUUCUGACAGACUGUGAUCCCAAAGCAAUUUAUGCCACUGUGAGCAAGGAGCCCAGGGGCUCCGGGGCUGGGUUGGUGCCUGCUGGCAGGAUGCGCCCCCCCGGCGACCUGAAACUGGCCCGCAGCCUCUCUAAAUCAGACUCCGAUCUGCUCGUGUCACCACCUAGUGAGGAGGAAGGAGGUUUAGGAAGCCGCAGUGAGUCUGUCUCCAACUGUAGCACCGGCAAGAAGAGGCUGGAGAAGAGUCCCUCUUUCACCUCAGAAUGGGAUGAGACACUGACGGCCUCACCCACCACACAGCUACGGAGAGCUAAUUCCUUUGACAGUAUUGAGAAGAUCAUGACUCUGAUUGGUGCCGGCAUCGAUUUUUCGAGAGAUCAGCAGUAUGCUACACCAGGUGCUACGAGCCGGCUGCUGGACCAGCCUGUCGGCGACUGGCUGGAGCACGUGGGGCUGCCGCAGUACGAGAGCAAGCUGCUGCUCAACGGCUUCGAUGACCUGCACUACAUGGGUAGCAAUGUAAUGGAGGACCAAGACCUGAGAGAGAUUGGAAUCACAGAACCAAGCCACAGAAGGAAAAUCUUACAUGCAGCACGUUCCUUACCCAAGGUAAAACCGCUGGGCUGUGAUGGGAGCACCUCCCUGUCCUCCUGGCUAGACAUCCUUGGCUUACAGGAGUACUUGCACAACUUCUUGGCCAGUGGUUACCGCACUCUGGACUGUGUCAAAAACCUGUGGGAACUGGAGAUUGUCAAUGUGCUAAAGAUCACUUUGCUUGGACACAGGAAACGCAUCAUCGCUUCCUUAGCUGAGAGGCCCUAUGAGGAGCCUCCUGUCAAGCCUCCCCGUCUGUCUCAGAUCAGGUGCCAGGACCUGCCUGGAUCCCAGACCCCCUCACCUCUUAGUCAUAUGGACUCCUACACGGGCCGCUCCAUGGACCCCCUGCUGCCACCUGGAGAACCAGGAAGGAAGAAAGGUCCAGAUUCGGACUUUGAGAUAGCCCAAAGAGUCCGCACCGAAAGGAACAGAUCACAUGAAUUGUACGAAGAACGGCAUAGGGAGCCUCGGCUUACCCUGCGGCCCCCCAGCUUGGCAGCACCUUAUGCCCCGGUCCAGAACUGGCACCACCAACCUGAGAAACUCAUCUUUGAAUCCUGUGAAUAUGAGGCCAAUUACUUGGGCUCUAUGCUUAUCAAGGAUUUACGGGGUACUGAGUCCACCCAGGACGCCUGUGCCAAAAUGAGGAGAUCGACAGAGCAGAUGAGGAAAAUUCCAUCCAUCAUUCUCUCCAUCACCUACAAGGGGGUGAAGUUCAUCGACGCAGCCAAUAAGAAUAUCAUAGCGGAACAUGAAAUCCGGAAUAUUUCUUGUGCGGCCCAGGACCCGGAGGACCUGUGUACGUUUGCCUACAUCACCAAGGAUCUACAGACCAGCCACCACUACUGCCAUGUGUUCAGCACCGUUGAUGUGAACCUGACCUAUGAGAUAAUAUUAACACUGGGACAGGCAUUUGAGGUAGCCUAUCAGCUAGCUCUCCAGGCCCAAAGGACCAAACAGCACCAGAAUCUUCAAGUCGGACAUGGUUCGGAGGUCAUCGAGACCAAGUCCAACCGACCAGUACCCAAGCCGCGAGGUGCUGCGCGGAAAUCAGGGGGUCUUGACCCUGUGGAUCAAGAGGGGGACUGUCAGUCGCAGGGCAGCGCCACGUGGCUCGUCGAUCCCAAGGACUCCAAGCGCACUAUCAGCACUAAGUACGAGACCACCAUAUUCUGAGUGGACCUCUCUUGUUCCUGACUUCUGAACUUGGGCCUGUUCUGACCUACAUGUUCCACUAUUCUUUUCUCCCCUCUUCCUGUGUGCCUUUCACUGUGACUCUGCCUCUCUCUGGGCAGGAAACCCUGCCGCCCACCUGCCCCUUUCCCCGUCCUCUGUCUUCACACUAAUCUCUGCUGCUGGUGGACCUGCUGACACAGUAAACGCCUCUCCUGUCCCAAUCUGCCCACAUUAUAGUCAUCACCUUUGUUUUCACCAUCAUCUGACAAGACAAGACUCUGUAACACCACUGCUCCUAAACCACCAACUAUUCCUGCCCCGUAAUCAAGUUUAGUAUGACCCCCUCACCUUGUAGCAAAACUGUACGUACCAGCUA